GGAGAAUUGUCAAAGCUUCUUGGACACGAAAGAUAGGUACUGACGGGUCGAUAUCCGGAGCGCCAAGAACUCGUUGCAACCGGCUGGCCUUCGUUGUGAAUCUCGAUGCCGACCAAAAAAGCCCAUACAAAAGCCAAGUAGGUAGGGUCAUUGAGCUUUGGUGAUGGAGUCUUGUUCUACAGAGAGGCCAUUUUCAAAAAUGACCAAGCGCAUCUUCAAGGUCAGCAUGUCCAGCUGAUGUUCAGUUUGCCAAUAUGGCGUUCAAGAUGCCCGAUGCAAGCGGGGGGACACAGAACAUCGAUCCGACUCCGGACUGGGUUCCGUCGGGCUGUCUCGACGUCCUGGUCCUGGCAAUCCGAGAGAUGCCCGUUUCGAACGGCAACCCUUAUCAUGAGGGGACCUUUAGAUGGGCUUUACACCACCACGUUUUCGGGGCAGUCCAAUGGUUGCCGCCACUGCUUGGAGCACCUGCCAUUUUCAUGGCAAUGGCCGGUGGGCGUGCUCGACCGUUGAACAUUUUCCGUUUUCCAUGUUUUCAUUGGUAGCAUAUCGGUCGUGAUGCAUAUGUCCGUCACUUGCGGCGUCCAGUAGGUCGUCGUCCAAGCUAUCUCGUGAGAGCCUACGUGAGAUGAGAGGAGAAAAGUGCGGAGAUGGGUUGCGCCAGACGCAAUGCGCAAAAGACAAGUCGAAUUUAACAGGAGCAGUG